AUGCGCCGAAGGUCGAGCAGUUUCGUCUUCGUGCAUGGCCUCAACCCUCAUGGUCGAAAUGACCACCCCUUUGAAACAUGGACGGCUCCCAACAAGGUGUUUUGGCCUGGGGACCUGCUGCCCGAAGAUAUCCCUUAUGCGCGGAUCUUUGUUUAUGGCUACAACUCGAUGAUCACUGACGCGCAGGCCAUGUCGAACGCGAGCAUCAAAGACCAUGCGAAUACCUUGCUGAAUCUACUGGAUAUGGAGCGAAGCCCUCAUAUGCAUCUCGGGGGCCUCAUUGUGAAGCAGGCGCUCCUCAACGCCAAAGAAGACCCGAAAUAUACUUCCAUCCGCACGGCGACUUCUGGGCUUGUUUUCUUCGCAACCCCGCACAGAGGCUCAAAAUCGGUAGAGCUAGGGACGAUCGCAGCUUCGAUAGCCAGAUUUGUAUCUGAUGGCAGUGCAAGUAAUGAUUUACUCCACAGCUUAGAAUAUAACUCCAUAUUUACACGAAACAUGUCGGAGAGGUUUAGGCAUCAGCUUGAGGACUAUCGCGUUAUCAGUUUCAUCGAGGGAAAGAGGUCUCAAAGUGGUUUGAUUGUCGACGAAGAGUCCGCAGUUCUAGGCCUAUCUGGGCUGCGCGAGACACAGCUCAAGCUUGAUGCAGAUCAUACGAAGAUGUGCAAGAUAGCGAAUCGUGGCGGUGCCAUGUACCAUCUCAUCAAAGGAAACAUCAAGCAACUGGUAGACCAAGCGCUAUUAACGGAGCACGGUUAUGUCCCUCAGCCGGGACCCCGUCCCUCUGGACAGCCUCCGCCUGUGCCACCGCGGAUGCACUCGAAUCCAUACUCACCUCCCGGUGCGAGCCAGCCGUCCAAGACUAAAAUUGCCGGUACGGUGUACGUUGCGCAGGAUAACGAUCCUCGCUCUAUAAGAUGUGCGGAAAUGAAAAACAAAUGGCGGUGGGAUGAUGCUCGCGACAUCGACUACGAAAUGUUCCAGGAACGCUUGCGAACACUGGGUCCUGACCAUGCCAGCACACUUCAAGUUGGAUACAGCCUCGCCGAGACCGAACUGGAAGCUGAUUACCUUGGUAAGGCGCUUGAGUGGUGUCAAUGGGUCUCGGAAAAUGCGCAAUACACCUUGGGGCCAAAGCACAUCCUGUCCUUGAGGACAGAGAGUCUCCGCGGAGAGAUUCUCAUGCAGUACGGUAAAUGCGAGGAGGCCGAGUCCAUCUGCGCCAAAAUAUUAGCGAGCCAGCAGAUCAAUAUUGGCGAAGAUCAUCUCCACACUCUGGAAACACGACGCCGACUCGCCCUAGCGUACAAUGGGCUCGGCCGUCGCGAGCACGCAGUCGCAACCGCAGAGUCUUUGGCAGAAAACUAUAAGCGUCUGCUCGGAGACAACCAUAUCCUUGUUUUUGCCGCUAUCCUGGACGCACUGGACUGGCUGAUGUCGAACCCGACGGACAGUUAUGUCUCGAUGCACCUGCAGCCUGACGUACAGCAGGCAGUCGAUAUGCUGCCCCAGGUUCAUCAGGAACUCCAAGAAGGGCUGGGCCGCCAACAUCCCUUGACGAUCCGAGCCCUGACCCUGGUGGGUCGCGGCUUGACGCGCGCAAACCAAAUCAUCAAGGCCUCUGAAACCCUGCGACGGGCCCUUGCGAUAUCCGAGGAGACCCUUGGACCUGAGCAUCCCAUGAGCUUGGCUAUUGUCAGUAAUAUCGGCCUCAUGUACGCCCUACGGGAGCCGCAACUCUUGGCCGUUUCUUCCCGCGCCGAGGCCUAUCCAUGGCUGAAUCGGUAUCUGGACUGGCUGGAGAGGCGCCGAGGCGUCCAGAAUGCGGAGGUGCGGUGUGUGCUGAAGAUGAUGGCAGACUUGCAUUUCAUAGCCAAGGAGUAUGGACCUGCCCAGAAGUUCUACGAGCGAGCCUUGGCCGCGUAUGGGAACACGGAUGCAAACAUCUCCCAGCAGAUCAGCACCAAUCUGCAGCUGUGCCGGGCCAACAACAUGUUCACGAAUCGGGCAGGGGUGGGUUCGGGGCUUUCUGAGCUAUUGUCUUCGUUUAAGCGGUUCUAA